GGGAGAGCCGAGGCCAUGGACGAGCAGAGCGUGGAGAGCAUUGCUGAGGUGUUCCGAUGUUUUAUUUGUAUGGAAAAGUUGCGUGAUGCACGUCUGUGUCCACAUUGCUCCAAGCUAUGUUGUUUCAGUUGCAUUCGGCGUUGGCUGACUGAACAAAGAGCUCAGUGCCCUCACUGUCGAGCCCCACUCCAGCUACGGGAACUUGUAAACUGUCGUUGGGCAGAAGAGGUUACACAGCAGCUUGACACACUUCAGCUAUGCAAUCUCACUAAGCAUGAAGAAAAUGAAAAAGACAAGUGUGAAAACCAUCAUGAAAAACUCAGUGUAUUCUGCUGGACAUGUAAGAAAUGUAUCUGUCACCAGUGUGCUCUCUGGGGAGGAAUGCAUGGAGGACAUACUUUUAAGCCACUAGCUGAAAUUUAUGAGCAACAUGUCACAAAAGUGAAUGAGGAGGUAGCAAAACUUCGGAGGAGACUCAUGGAGUUGAUCAGUCUAGUGCAAGAAGUGGAGAGGAAUGUAGAGGCAGUGCGCAGCGCAAAGGAUGAACGAGUUCGGGAAAUUAGGAAUGCAGUGGAGAUGAUGAUUGCCCGAUUAGACACUCAACUGAAGAACAAGCUUAUAACACUAAUGGGUCAAAAGACAUCACUCACCCAAGAAACUGAACUUCUGGAGUCCUUGCUACAGGAAGUAGAACACCAGCUACGAUCAUGCAGUAAGAGUGAGUUGAUAUCUAAAAGCUCGGAGAUUCUGAUGAUGUUUCAGCAGGUUCACCGGAAGCCUAUGGCAUCCUUUGUCACUACUCCUGUCCCUCCAGACUUCACAAGUGAAUUAGUACCAGCCUAUGACUCAACCACCUUUGUCUUGGAAAACUUCAGCACUUUGCGCCAGCGGGCAGAUCCUGUGUACAGUCCACCUCUUCAAGUGUCAGGGCUUUGCUGGCGACUAAAGGUUUAUCCAGAUGGAAAUGGAGUUGUGCGUGGUUACUACUUGUCUGUGUUUCUAGAGCUCUCAGCUGGAUUGCCAGAAACAUCCAAGUAUGAGUACCGUGUGGAGAUGGUUCACCAGUCCACCAAUGAUCCUGCUAAAAAUAUAAUUCGAGAGUUUGCCUCUGACUUUGAAGUUGGAGAAUGCUGGGGUUAUAACAGAUUCUUUCGAUUGGACUUGCUUGCCAAUGAAGGGUAUUUGAACAGACAAAAUGACACUGUAAUUCUUAGGUUCCAGGUGCGUUCACCUACCUUCUUCCAAAAGUGUCGGGACCAACACUGGUACAUUACUCAGUUGGAAGCUGCUCAGACAAGCUACAUCCAACAAAUAAACAACCUUAAAGAGAGACUUGCAAUUGAGCUUUCCCGUACCCAAAAAUCACGAGGCAUGUCACCUCCAGACACUCAUCUUAGCCCCCAGAAUGAUGAUGGUCCAGAAACAAGACCAAAGAAAUCUGGACCGAAUCCUGAAGUACUACUUGAGAGUGUCACCACUCCAGCAUUAGCGAGAGAUGCCAAGGAUGAGGAGGAGGAGAAAAUCCAGCAUGAAGAUUUUAAUUAUGAGCUCUCGGAUGGUGAUCUGGAUGUAGACCUUGCUGGAGAAGAUGAGGUAAACCACCUAGAUGGCAGCAGCUCCUCUGCUAGUUCAACAGCUACUAGUAACACUGAAGAGAAUGAUAUUGAUGAAGAGACUAUGUCUGGAGAAAAUGAUGUGGAAUAUAAUAGUAAUAUGGAGCUAGAAGAAGGAGAUCUCCAGGAUGAUGCUGCUGCUGCUGGUGGAGCAUCAGGUAGUAGCCAUGGCUAUGCCAAUGCAAGUGGCAGAUCUUCAAGGCGGGGAGGAAGUACUUUAGGCUCAGCAGCCAGCAGCAGUUUACUAGACAUAGAUCCCUUAAUUUUAAUCCAUUUAUUGGACCUAAAAGACAGGAAUGGGAUGGAAAAUCUGUGGGGUCUACAGCCACGUCCUCCUGCCUCACUUCUGCAGAACAGAGCAUCAUCCUACUCUCUAAAAGACCGAGACCAGCGGAGGCACCAGGCAAUGUGGCGUGUGCCACCUGACUUAAAGAUGCUGAAGAGACUCAAAACUCAGAUGGCUGAAGUUCGAAGCAAAAUGUCUGAUGUAAAAAACCAGCUGUCAGAAGUAAGAAGCAGCAAUGCUGGCUCUUGUGAGGGGCAACCCAGCUUCCUCCCUGGUGAUCAGGGGCCUUUGGCUGCCUGUGGAACAGAAAGCUGCAGCAAGUUACAAGAAAUAGGAAUGGAGUUGCUGACAAAAUCAUCAAUUACAAGCUGUUACAUAAAGAGUUUCACAAGUAAGAAAAGUCAUUCGCCCAAAGCUACUCGUUCUGGAGCAGCAGGGAGCCUGUCUCUUCGAAGAGCAAUGGACUGUGGAGACAAUAAUCUUCGCUCAAAGGGAGACUGUCAGACUUCCUCUGAAGGUUGCAUAGGAAGCUCAAAGUCGGGCAGUAGGCAUGGCUCUCCCAGGUCCCUGACUAAUGGUAAUGCUCCCGAUGCACUGCCUAAGCCAGAGGAAAGGGAGUGUGAAGGCUCAGAUUCUGAUGUGGGCGUUUCUGCUUUAAAUGGCUUAACAACUAUGGAGAAGACAAGAAAAGCUACCGCUCUGGGGUCAGAUUCUAAAGGAUGUCAUACAGAAGGAACACAACCAACUGAUCAAGAGAACAACUCGGAAACUGGGGAGCUACAGGCCAUUCUCUCUGAGGGCACUUCAGCAGAGCCAGAGGAAGGUUCUCCUUUGCUCUUUGCAGCUGGGCUAUGUCAGAAGCACGUCCUUCACCUCCUGCCAGGCAUGAGCAGCGAUAGCGACAUUGAAUGUGACACAGAAAACGAAGAGCAGGAGGAUGCCACAUCCACCUCAGAUGCGUUUAAUCAUGCCUUCGAUGUCCAGCCCUCAAGUGAAGGAUGCAGAGAGCAUCUGCUGUGGACGGCAGGUCCCCUGGUCACUGCAAAGCUGUGGUAUCAGAGUGGUGAGUUGGAGAAGAGGCAUGGGAACCUGUGGCUUCAGAUUCACCAUCCCAGUUGUGGAUGA